CAAACCUUCCAGCUCAGCAAGCAAAGCUACAUGCAGAAAAAUGUACAAGUUGAGGAUUUUUCCUGGCCAGUUGAGUACCAGAAUCUGUUACAUCUUGAUGCUGCAGAUGGUUUUAAAGAGCAGGCACUGUACACCUCAUGGAUGCCUGCUGAUUCUGCCCUCAGCGUAUGGAGAACUUCCACAACUUUUAACAAGUAUGAAAAAUCAGCCAGUAUUGUCAGCAACAGCCAGUGUCUACAGAAAUCCCUGGAUAGAAUCGUGACAAAAGCUUGGGACAUGUUUGCUUCACGAGCGUAUGUACAUCAGUACAUGAAACAUGGAAUCUCAGAAGAGGACUUUGUGGAUUGUUUCACAACUGUAGAACAGGUCAUUGCAAGUUAUUCUAGCCUUGGAUGAUAUAUCUUACAUGAUCUGAGUUCUUACUGUACAUUGUGUAUAAUCAUGUAUAAAUUGUUUAUGAGCUGGGCACAUUUGCCUGCUCCUUGUGACUCAGUAGAGGAUUCCAGAAUAGCUUGACUCACCCACGAUUUAUGACUGCUUUAGUCUCCAAAAAUUAAAAGCCACUGAAGCUUCUGAAUGGAUCAUUGUUGUAUUUAAAUGUUGUAUUUAUCACAGAAUAUGUUGCAAGCAUUGUUACAGACUCUUUAGAGACUAAUAUAUUUAAAAAUGAAAAAAUCCCUGCAAUGUCAGCAGAAAGAAAAACUGCUAGAAAAGAUGUCAUCUGUCAAAACUUUCCUGUGAGAAACUAACUAAGUCAGCAUAAUUCAGACAGUAACCUGCCCAGUCUGAGAAUUAAUAUUGCCAGUUGACUGUUCUUGUUACAUUUGUACGCCAAUGGUAGCCAAACUAUUCAUCAAAUUAACAUCACUUUCUUCAA